AUGUUUCGGUCGCAAAAAAUAAGCGAUGAUCCAUCACGACUGUUCAUAUCAGGCUGGGAUCCGUCGCACGUAAAUGGCGGUAACGUGCGAGGCUGGGGCAAGUCAAAUGACAAUUACGUUCCACAGGAGCCUGGCGCCUGUUGGGAUCCGAAUGGAGACAACACUCCUCUAGGCUUGCACAGCUUGUCAACCGAAGAGAAGGAGGCCUUUUCCACAGAGAUCAACUCGCCAUUGAAACCUCCAUCGCAGAACAAGGAAGGCCACCAAGGAAACGUCAAUGGUCGAAAGGCCUCGGUUUCCCAAGGUUCCGGGAGUGCCUUUGGAGUCUUGUCGCCCUCUUCCGCGACUCGACCCGGAACACGACGACGAGAGACCUUGGACUCGAAUCCUUUCAGUGGCAGCCUAGCUUCACCGACCGCCACGGCUGGGCGCUUCACCCGAGAAGAUUCCUCGCCGUGGGCCCAGCGCAGGAGCAACGAUUUGAAAGAUUCGGAGCCAGAUGAUGCUGACGUUGACGCGGGAGUCCGUGAAGCCGCCAGUAAGCUGCCUUUUGGCAACUUGAUGCGGUCCAACGUGGCGGGGAGCGCAAACGUCUCUGCAUUGUGGCCCUCGUCGAAUCCGACAACGCCAGGCGGCGGUGGCUUCGGAAACUUUGCAAUGCCGCCUGCAUCAGCGCUGGGGGACAAGAGAAUUGGCAGCGGAAUGCCUGGCGGCAGCGGGAGCCGCCUGGCUCACCUGAUUCCCAAAGAUGUGGGUGACUCGAGUUCCAGGGCUGACGGCGAUGCCCCGAAUUCCGCCUCCCAACAAUCUUGGCGCACGCGGCCUCGCACCGAUACGGAUCCUUUUGGCGAGGACGAGUUGUCCGGCAGUGCCGUGCUUGGCGGAGCCCAGGAUACCGGUUCCUCUGGGCAACUCCACACGGGCCGCGUAGGUGUCCUUGGUACUCCGAUCAAGGGGUCCGCCGGCGACUUUGGAAUGUCUGGUCUCAGUCUCGGUGCCCAGGUUGGUGAUAAUGGACCGGCAAGCCCUUCGGAAACAAAUCCCUAUCGAAGUCCACUUGCCGAGCGCCAUGAUCACGACGAGACCGAAACAGGUUCAGGAGAUGCAGCAGCACUUGGAAUACGGCACAACGAGCCCCCGGCCAAUUUCGGUUCCAUUUCGAGGGGCUUUGGUGCCCCCAACUUCGAUGGUAGCGACAGAAGCCAGACUUCCAGUGUUGGUGCCAAGGCUUACCCCCUCGGAGGCCUGUCAGGCUGGCCAGCUCCAGCCGGCCCUUCUACAGGCACCCCAGACCGUGACCGCCCGAACUUUGGGAGCGCGUUCGGAAGCUCUCUGUUCAGCCCCAUGGGCGACCUCCAAUCGCCAGGUCUGGGUAAUCUUGGCAAUGUGUUUGGCCCUGCCAGUGCUGGUCUCGGCCGCGGUAGCAAGCUGGGCUCUUUGUUCCCUCCCGCAAUGCAGGCCCAGAUGCAAGGCCAUGACCAUGAGCAAGGCAUGCACGAGCCGAUGCAAGGACAUCCGCUGGGGGCCCUUGGUAGAGGAAAUCUGCCUGGCGGGCCGACGCGGGAUGCCGGGAGCCCCAUGCGACCAAACCGUGGGGUUUUUGAAGAGCUUUUCCCUUCGAGCGAUGCAGGACGGUCCCACCCCAGCUUUAACCCCUCUGACAACCAGCAGCAGCAGGCUGGCUCGGGAAUCCAGCAGCCCUUUACUCCCGUUACCGGGGGACUUGCUUUUGGAGGCACACGGGGCGGAACAGAGCCUCCUCCCUCCCAAGUUCGGCAAAUGGUCAUGCCCGACAGGAUGCGAUGGGUCUAUCUCGAUCCGCAGGGUCAGGUGCAAGGCCCCUUCACCGGGCUGGAGAUGAAUGACUGGUAUAAGGCUAAUUUCUUUACUCCUGAUCUUCGUGUGAAGAAGGUGGAAGAUCCGGAAUUCGAGCCCUUGGGUCAGUUGAUCCGCCGAAUCGGCAACUCGCGCGAGCCGUUCUUGGUGCCUCAAAUCGGAAUCCCACAUGGCCCUGCUCCUCAGGGCGGGCCAUUCAACCCGUCAACGGGUGGCGGUGUUGUCCCUCCUCUCAGUGGAGUGUUUCCUAGCUUUGGCAGGACCUUGACUGCAGAGGAGCAGAAUAACCUCGAGCGUAGGAAACAGGAGGAGCAGUACAUGAUGGCCCAGCAACGUGAAUACAUGAUGCGACAGCAAGUGAUGCCCAAGUUCCCGAUUCCCGGCCCUGGACUCCAGCAUCAUUCCAGCGCGCACAGCUUGCAGAGUCAGCCGAGCUUCGGUAGUAUGACGUCUCCGAUCGGCGUUCCUCCACAGCAACAGCCUAUUGGGGCCACAGCUGCGGCUCAGCAAGGCGCCUUCACGGAAAUUCCAAUGACGAGCCGAGCAAAUGCGGGGAACGGGGAGCUGUUCCGGCGAAACGAACUGCCUGGCCUCUCUGCUGCCGAACGUGACGUCCUCGUCUCCCUACGCGGAGACCGAGGCGACGGCGGCGACGGCGAACAGCAGGGCGCUGACCCGGGUCUCAGGUCGGACCACCUUCCGGGCACCGAACCGUUUUCUGAGGAUCCGGAGGGUUUUCGUGAGCGCCUGAAGGAGUUUCAAGAACUGCGUGCCGAGCACGAGGCGGAGCAAUCGGUUGAUUUUGGCGGCUGCGACAAGGAGAUGGAAGCCGCCGCUGCAACAGGGACGAUUGGUGGGAUGCCUUCAGCCCGCCGCGCUAGCAAGGGAAACAAGUCGAAGAAGAAGGUGUUGUUGUCGGAGGACAUUACCCUCUCCCUCACCCAGCAAGUGCAGAAGGCCCAGGCUGCCGCCGCCGCCGGCACCGGCACCGGCACCGGCACCGGCACCGGCAUCGUCACCGCGCACAAUGAACCCGGAAUGCCAAUGCCGUUUCCGCCACCUUCGUCCACCACGCCGCUUCCGGCGCCCACCGCCCAACGAGCGCGGUCCAACCUUCCAGAACAGUACAGCCGAUCUCAGAAUGGCAGUCCCGAUGCCUCUCAACCACCACCUCUGGCACCAUGGGCUAAAGAACCUGGCCAGGAGGGACAAAAGGGACCGAGCUUAAAGGAGAUUCAAGAGGCCGAGGCUCGCAAGGCAGCCAAAGCCGAAGAAGCCGCGGCUGCCGUCCGAAAGGCUGCCAUGGAGCAGGAGGCGGCCUUGGUGCGUGAGAGGGAGAAGCAGGCUGCCGCUGCCGCCACUGCCGCCCUCCCAGCUACGAGCACUUGGGGCCAUGGAUCGCCCGCCUCCGUUGCCGGCCCGUGGACCAAGCCGGUAGUGGCUGCCAAGGGAACGCCGCCCGGACCGGUGAGCACGGCUGCUGCUAACAGCAAAAAGACGCUGGCAGAGAUUCAGCGGGAAGAAGAGUUCCGCAAGCAAAAGGCAAGAGAUGUCGCCACACAAUCCGGCACGCCGGGGAACGUUUCCAAGAGCUACGCCAACCUUGCCGGAAAACCCAACCCAAACGCUCUUGCCGGAGCUCCCCAGUCCACUUCACCGGUCGGAGCCGGCUGGGCUACUGUUGGCGCUGGAGGUAAAGUUAAAGGCCCCACGGUUCCUGCCGGCCAAGGCCCACGAGCUCCAAGCUCCAACAACGUGAAAGCGUCUGGCGGUGCGGCUCCUGUCAAGGCCGCAAGCAAGUCGGGGUCGUCCGCAGGCAACGCUGCCGCGAAACCAGACGUGGGCAAUGUCGCGAUGGAUGAGUUCAACAAGUGGACGCAGCGAGAGCUUUCUCGCGGGAUUACAUCAGACCUCGCUACCUUUCAAGCUACAUUAGACGUGCUGCCGCUGGACACUGGCAUCAUUGCCGAUGCUGUGUAUGCCAGCUCCACUACGAUGGAUGGCCGACAUUUUGCUGCCGAAUAUGUUCGACGUAAGAAGCUGGCCGAAAAGGGCAUCGUUGAGAAGCAGCCGUCCGGAGAAGCCAGCAAGUCGCCUGGCGGCGGCGGCGGCGGCGGUUGGAGCGAAGUAGCGAAGCGAAGCGGAAACACGCAGCCAAAGGAAAGCGAGGGCGGAAACAUGCAAGGCGCCGGCUUCAAGGUUGUUCCUAGCCGUAAGAAGGGCAAGAAAUAG